CUGGCAGGUACAUGCAGGAGUGGACAGAUGCAGAGUGCCGGCAAAAAUCGUCUUUCGUGAUUUUCAAUGAUGGUAAGCAUCAGAGCAAUCAAAGCUGGGACUUUCAUCUUGCUGUUGGGAACUCUUCUCUUAGUUGUUUUCCUCUGUAGCGAUUUUAUUGACCCCAACAUCUUCAGCCUCCAAGUAGAUGUGAGAAAAGAUGACAGUCAAACAAAGACACCCACCAAAAAUAACUCCUACGUAUACUCCUGGCCAAGAUGUCAACGAAAUGUGUCUGCUGCCAACAUCAAAGGCUUCAACUCUUUUUCUGGUAGCAUACAAGACUUUCUUUACUAUGAACACUGUCGCCAUUUUCCCAUGCUACUGGACAUUCCUGAUAAAUGUGGAGGAGCUGAUAAAUCAGCAGAAGUCUUCCUUCUGCUGGUCAUUAAAAGUUCCCCUGUGAACUACGACCGUCGAGAGGUUCUGCGCAAAACCUGGGCUAAAGAGAGGUUACACAAUGGUGUGUGGAUCCGAAGGAUCUUCAUCUCAGGAACAAGUGAGACUGGUUUUGACAAAGAGAGACUGAACAAACAACUCGAACUGGAGAAACGUGAGUACAACGACAUCCUUCAGUGGGACUUUAGUGACACAUUCUACAACCUCACCUUGAAGCAGAUUCUCUUCUUAGAAUGGAUGGAAAGAAACUGUCCGAACACUCGCUUCCUGCUAAAUGGUGAUGAUGACGUCUUUGCCAACACAGACAACAUGGUUGAAUUUCUCCAGGGCCUCAAGGAUAAUAAUGGAAGCAAGCACCUUUAUACUGGCUAUGUGUUCAACAAUGGGAGGCCUCACAGAUGGACAAACAGCAAGUAUUUUAUCCCAGUGCAAGUGCACAAGUCAGAUUCCUAUCCCCCCUACUGUGGCGGUGGAGGAUUCCUCCUGUCUGGCUAUACAGCUUUGGUCAUAUACAAAAUGUCCCAGUCCAUUACCAUUCUUCCUAUUGAUGAUGUUUACAUUGGGAUGUGCCUGACCAAAGCAGGACUCAGUCCUGUUUCCCACAUGGGUGUGCAGACACUAGGAUGGUACACUCCCUUCAGUACACUUGAUAGAUUUGAUCCCUGCUUUUUUAAAGAACUUCUGCUGGUACACAGAUUCCUUCCAGGUCACACGUAUCUUAUGUGGCGUAGAAUACAUGAUCCCAAUCUGAAAUGUGGUCUCUCCAAGAAAAGGCUUAAGCAGCACCAAACUUAUAAGUGGUAA